AUGGCAGCUUCAACAUCCAACAACAAUAAUCCGAGCAUCAUAGUUGAAGUUAAAGACGAUCCAUACUCAUACCCAUACCCAUACCCAUACCCAUCACAUGUUAUAGCUCCACAUUUUGUUACUGUGAAGCUGGGUGAUAAGAGCAAGUACAACACUUGGAAAACACAGAUGCUAUGUCUCUUCUCGAGUCACGGAAUGCUUGGUUUCAUUGAUGGAACAUUUGUAAGUCCCGAUGAUGGUCAAAAUGAAAAAGGGAGAGGUGCGGAAGAUAUGAAGGAGGCAUGGAAGAGAUCAGAUUCACUAGUCAAAGGUUGGAUUCUUGGUUCACUCUCUGAAGAUGCCGCCAUUAAAGUUGUCAAUCGCCUGACACGGAAGCACAAAGAGUCUAAUUUUACUGCAAAACAUGCAUGGGAUGAGCUACAGAGUAAUUAUGGUCCUUCAGUAGAUCAUCAAAUGGCAGUAGCAGAUGAAGAAGAAAUUACAAGUAAAGGGGAUUCAGAACCUGAAGAUGCAAAGUCGAAAGUUGAAUUAACAAGAAAGGAAGAAACCGAAGAAGAUAAGAGACAACAGACUAGAAUCCAAAAUAUUUAUUGGAAUAUCGUAAGUGGAGAUUCGAGUGAUGUGUUAUAUUAUCUAAAACAAGAAGGUCUUGCACCCACGGACAAGCUAACCCAUAAUGGCAACACAACACUGCACGUAGCAGUGGGUUCUUCAACCAAAAAUCAUCAAUUGUUAAAAGAUUUGUUAGAUAUGGUACCAACAGAGAACACACUACUAUUGAAUUUGGUAAACUCGGAUGGAAGCACCUUGCUUCAUGUAGCUGCUAUUGUUGGCAACACUGAAGCUGCUAGCAUCUUGGUUGAAAGAAACCCAGAUUUUUUAUUGGCCAGGGAUAAGGAAGGUUACACACCAUUAGCCGUGUCCCUUUUGAAUAUGCAAAUUGAUACCUAUUGGCGUCUGUUGCACCUCGCCAAAGCCACAGAUUAUCACAAAACUCUGUUUUCUGGCACGCGUGGUGAUGAGCUUCUAGUUCUAGCUAUCUCUUACGUAGCACUGGACAUCUCGUGGGAAUACAAAACCAAAUAUAGUGAAGUUGUGCUAAUGACUUUAGCUCAAAACUAUCCAAGUAAACCCAACUUCUGGGAAAGGUUGAAAGCAACGCGACCCGGUGACGUCCACUACUUUCUCGAUUAUGAUUAUGCCUACAACCUAUUAAGGCGCGUAUGUGAAGCAAUAGACACCACCAAUGGUAACCAUUGUUACCUCAAUCCUGUUUUUGAAGCCACAAGACUAAAUAAACCCGAGUUUUGUAAAGAUAUCAUGAAAAUAUUCCCGGAUAUGAUUUGGAGUACCAAUGAAGAUGGGCACAACUUUAUCCAGUAUGCAGUGAUAAAUCGUUCGGAAAACAUUUACAACCUGUUGUACCAGAUGAGCGAGCAUAAGAAUAUUUAUAAAACAAUCAAAGACUCUUAUGGGAACAACCUCUUGCAUUUGGCUGCAAGAUUAGCACCUUCAAACAAAUUGAGUCUUAUAUCAGGUGCAGCUUUGCAAUUACAGCGGGAACUCCAAUGGUUUAAGGAAGUAGAAGGAUUCGUACGUCCCAUAAACAAAAUUCAAAAGAACUCUUAUGGUGAAACACCUGAAAUGGUAUUUACUUGCGAACAUAAGGACUUGGCGAUUGAAGGAGAAAAAUGGAUGAAGGCAACUGCAGAGUCGUACACGAUUACAGCUGCUCUCAUCACCACAAUCGUAUUUGCAGCGGCUAUUACAGUACCGGGAGGAAACAAGGAUACAGGGAUACCAAUUUUUUCCAACAAGGCAGCUUUCACAAUAUUUGCAAUAUCAAAUGCCAUAUCAUUAUUCACGGCUGUUACAUCAUUGUUAAUGUUUUUAUCAAUCCUCACCACACGUUUCGCUGAACAAGACUUUCUAUUCAAGUUGCCUAAAAGGUUGAUUAUUGGUCUUGCUGCCUUGUUCAUCUCGACGACGUCAAUGAUCAUAGCUUUUGGUGCAACAUUACUCCUUGUGUUUGGACAAGGGAGCUCAUGGAUUCUUCUUCCAAUAGGGGUAUUGACAUGCUUACCAAUUACUUCUUUUGUGACAUUGCAAUUUCCUCUUAUUGCCGACUUGAUAAAUGCCACAUAUUUUCGUAGUAUCUUUGUUAAAGAGAAAUUUCAUGACUAUAGCUAUGGGCAUAAGCGUGACUUCUUCUACUAA